UUCAAAGGCAUCUGUUAAAGACAGUCCUACCUCUAUAAAUUCCUAAGUGCUCUUUGUAAACUAGUCAAAUCCGGGCAGUUGGGUGGUAGGCUGAUAGUUGAGUUUGUGAAAUUUUGUUCUCCGUAAGGCCCUUUCUUCUGGGGUUCAAGAUUUCAUCUUUUGAUCCACAAGAGAUUCCAUGUUGAAAACAUAUAGCUUCAAGGAGGAGCAUCUGAAAGAUGUUAACCAGCAACCUGGUUUUCAUAGACAUGGAAGGAUGAGACUCAGAACGCAUGUUCCAUUGAACAACAUAGUUGUUGAAAAUGAGGAGGUUAAAGGGAUGUAUGGUGAUGGAUUUUUUCCUGUGAAAGCAAAGCAGCCUUCUCCAGUAUCUUGUCCAGCACCAUAUGUAUACUCUUCUCCCAAACCUGUUCUUGAUGCUGCUGCCACUAAGGUCCAGAAAGUCUAUAAAAGUUAUAGGACCAGGAGGAACCUUGCAGAUUGUGCAGUAGUUGUUGAAGAACUCUGGUGGAAAGCUUUGGAUUUUGCAGCCCUAAAGCGCAGCUCUAUAUCAUUUUUCAAGAGUGAUGACCAGCAUGAAACUGCAGCAUCACGGUGGUCUCGUGCCAGGACAAGGGCUGCUAAGGUAGGAAAGGGUCUGUCACAGGAUGAUAAAGCUCAAAAGCUAGCUCUACAGCAUUGGCUUGAAGCUAUUGAUCCACGACAUCGUUAUGGACACAACCUGCACUUCUAUUAUGAUGUAUGGUUUGAAAGCAGAAGCACUCAGCCAUUCUUCUAUUGGUUGGAUGUCGGUGAUGGUAAAGAAUUGAGUCAUAAAAAGUGCCCCAGACUUGUUCUGCACCGCCAAUGCAUCAAAUAUUUGGGACCAAAAGAGAGGGAGGCAUACAGGGUGAUUGUUGAAGGAGGAAAAUUAGUUUACAAGGAGAAUGGCUCACUUCUGAACACAGAAGAAGGAUCGAAAUGGAUAUUUGUGCUAAGCACGGCCAGGGCGCUUUACGUGGGGCAGAAAAAGAAAGGGGUCUUUCAGCAUUCCAGCUUUCUCUCUGGAGCUGCCACAACAGCUGCUGGUAGACUGGUUGCUCAUGGUGGGACUCUAGAGGCAAUUUGGCCAUACAGUGGUCAUUAUCUACCAACUGAAGAUAACUUCAAGGAAUUCAUCUGCUUUCUUGAGGAGCAUAACGUUGACUUGACCAAUGUGAAGAGGUGUGCUAUAGAUGAAGACAAGCCAUCUUUUAUUCACACUGCUUCUAUGGGGUCUAAGACAGAGACAGGGGAUGAAACCAACAUAGUGGUUAAUCAAUCUGAGGUUCCCAAACCAGCUGUUUCCCAUGAGGAUGUUAAUAAGGCCGCCGACAACAUGAAACGUCCUGUGUUUGACCUGGCCAAACGGAUGUCAUGCAAGUGGUCGAGUGGAGUCGGGCCCCGUAUCGGGUGCGUUAGGGACUACCCAAUGGACCUUCAGACCCAAGCACUUGAGAAGGUCAAUCUGUCACCUAGAGUCAAUGCUGCUCAUCAGCCCAUGGACAACUUGCCCAUUCCUUCGCCUCGGCCCAGCCCGAAGCAUCGUCUUUCGCCGAGGCUCACGUACAUGGGACUCCCGAGCCCGAGAGUUUGUGCUCAAACUCGUAUGUUCUAAGGAUGUUAUGUGUAAUGCAAUAAUGGGUGGCAUACAGAUAACUGUGAAUGACCAAUUCACAACAACAAGUUUGGAUGGCGCCUCAAUUAAUUGUAACAUUUUGGUAACUUAUUGUUUUGUUCUUUCAUUCAUGUAGUGCUUUAGCUAAAGAAAUGAAGGUCAACAUUUUGGGCCAUUUUCCAUUUCAAAAAUGUAAUGUGUCUUAAAUAAAAAUGAGUAUAUAUUUAAUUGAUGAAGCGUCAAAGUGGGCGUGAACCCAAAUCUUUAUAUUAAGGUCCACUCUCUUGAGCUAUAUAAUAUUUUGUACUUUGGGUUUUGUUGGAGUUAUAAGUUUUUAACAAAAACUUUGUAGAGUACAAGUUUUCAGUUGUUGUAAAUCAACGCUAUGAAUUCAUGCUCAUUUCCUC